CCAUGUUGUGGAAAAACCGGGUGCGGUUGGGGGCGGCUGGUCGUUGAGAGCGGAGGUGAGGAAGGCGAUCAUGGUGGAGAAGGCGGGUAAGGAGAUCGGUGAGAGGGAGCUCGGGCUCAUGGGCGAGGGCUGCGGCGAGGUGGGGGAAGCAUACCCCCUUGAUGCGGGAGAUGAAGACGUAGUCGGGAAUGAGAGUCGACGGGAUGUGGAGGCGGAGGGAGCGAACGUAAUGGAUGAAUCGCUCGGUGGCGCCGGUUUGGCGGAGGUUGCAAAAUUGAUCGAUGUAGUCAUCGAUGGUCUUUUGCGGACGGAAGGUGGCGAUGAGAAGGUCGGCCCAUUGAAGGAAGGUGAUGCGGGGAAGGCCGUUGGCUCGGCGGUUGUUGGCUUUGGCAUUUUGAAUUUGGAAGAGGAAAAGGAGGACGUCCUCGUGGGGGAGGCCGGAGAACGUCGCGAUAUCGGUGGCGCGAAAGGAGCGGGGAAUGUCCCCGUUGCGGGGGACGAUGCAAGCGAGGUUGUUGAAGUUGCGGUCAUCGGGAGAGGUGUCGUAGCAGGUGUGAUCCUGACUGCGGUCACCGAGGAGGUAGCAAGGAGGAGGUUGGGCUCGCGGUGGAUAUCCUCGACGGAAUCCAUGUGGAGCGAGCCCAUGUUUAUGCUUGAGGUGCCUUCGGCCAUGGGGAGGGACGAAGGUGGGGCAGAGGGAGAAGAUGGAGUGGAGGGGACAACGGAGGUGACAGCAGCGGCGGAGGUGGCAGCAGCGGUGGCAGCGGCGGCGGCAGCGGCGGCGGCAGCGGCGGCGCGUUGGGAGGUCUUGGAUUGGCGGGGUGGCAUGUGGGAGCGGUUUCUAAUCCCGAUGACGACGGGGAUCUAGACAGCACCUGUCUCUUAUACACAUCUAGAUGUGUAUAAGAGACAGCACACACACUCAGCCGACAAACACUCAGACGGGCACGCAAACCAGCAGGCACGCACACACACACAUACAUGGAAAUCACAGUAGAACGCGGGAACNNNNUAAUCCCGAUUUAGAAAAAUUAUGGUUGAUUUAAAUCGGGGUUAGAGGAAGUUGUCAUGAGAAAGGGGGGGGGGGGAUGAAAAUUUGGGGGCAAAGGUUUGGGGAAAAAAAUUCAAAUCAGAACGUAAAUUUCAAAUGGAAUAAAAUUUGGCGAAGAAAAAUAUCAAAAAAUUUGGGGUAAAGGAAAAGAGAAAAAUUAAAUUUUCAAGAUAAUGAAAUUCGAAUUUAUUC